AUGCGUGCCCCCCUCACCAACGCUGACGCUGAUGCCAUGCCCCUCCUUGCUGCUCGUCUCUGCAACCAUCACUGCCACCACUCGUCAAAGAAGUCCCUCAUCGUCACCCUUGUGGACCUCCUCGGCAUCCCCAAUGCAUCGACUAGGUUCAUCAAGGAUGCAUUCGAGUCCCUCUUCAGCUUGGCCCUCUACUCGCUCAACCGCAUCGCCCUCAUCGAGUUGGGCAUCAUGUUGCCCCUCUUUGCACUAGUGGUGAAGGAUGGGGGGAGGGAGGUGGUGGAAGACGCGACGAUGAUGAUCGUCCAACUAGUAGAAUGCAACAAGAGUGUGGAGGUGUUAUGGAGGAUGGACGACAUCAACAUUAUUGUGGAUCUAGUAAUUGGGGGGAGCUAG